GCGUUGGUCGGUAUGGUUCCUGGGGAUGGCGGGGUUGUACCGGUGGAGAAAUGUGAGGUGGUGCUGUGGAGAGUAAGCGAACUUGUGCGUUAGUAACGUUGCGAUGUUGCAGGUGAAGUGAUUCUUAACGAUGUCAGCGGGAUUGGAAUCGUUUGCCUUGAAAGAAGAAGAUGCUAUAAAACUUUUGGCAUGUCAAACUCAUGUAGGUGCUGCCAACUGUGACUUUCAAAUGGAGCAGUACGUAUGGAAAAGGAGAGCUGAUGGUGUUCACAUCAUCCAUCUACGAAAGACAUGGGAAAAACUGUUACUUGCUGCCCGUGCGAUUGCAGCCAUUGAUAACCCGGCAGACGUGUGUGUCGUAUCGGCACGUCCAUAUGCGCAGCGUGCUUUACUCAAAUUUGCAGCUCACACCGGUUCUACACCAAUUUUUGGACGUUUUACACCCGGAUGUUUAACCAAUCAAAUCCAGAAGCAAUUUAAGGAACCACGUCUGCUGAUUGUUUCUGAUCCUCGUGUCGAUCACCAAGCGGUAACGGAAGCAUCAUAUGUUGGUGUGCCAGUAAUUAGUUUUUGUAAUACGGAUUCACCGUUGAAAUUUAUCGACAUUGCAAUACCGUGCAAUAAUAAGGGUGUGCAAUCAAUAGGAUUGAUGUGGUGGCUGUUGGCUCGUGAAGUUUUGCUUAUUAAGGGCAAGAUGACACGGCAGACAGGAUUUAUACUUGAUGACAAGGAAAUCAUGCCUGACUUAUAUUUUUAUCGCAACCCAGAAGAACAAGAAAAAGAAGAACUGGUAGAAACGCGUGAAGUAAAGGAGCCUUGGCCUGGGGUCCCUCCUCCUGAGGUCGCAAAAAUUGAUGAGGUUGUAAGAUCCAUUGGAAUGGUAUUUGUUUAAUUCCUUUUCUUACUCCCUUUGAUUUGUUUUUUCAUUUUUCAGUUUAAUGCAACUAUUGUGUAAAAACGUUGUUAGCUUAUAAAAAUUUUCAUUGGUAUAUUUUCCUUAUAUUGCUUGUAUCUUUUUCGCCAUUUUUUUCUGCCCUGAAGUUACUUUUUCGUGCAAAAUUUCAGUCAAUUUUUUUGCAGACUUUUUAUUUGAAUAGUUUCAGUACCAAACAAUAGCUGGCGUCGAACCAGCGAAAAAGUUGGACUUCAGCAUGGUCGAACCUGUGAGUGAUUGGGCACAAGAAACGGAGCGAGCCGUGCAGCUGGACACCGCACAGCAACAGGAGUGGGGCGCUUCAACACAAAAUUCAAACUGGUAAUAUCAUAAUGAUGAAGAUUGUUACUGUUCUGAAGCUGAUCAUCAUCAACCAUGUUAAUAUAGUUAUGGAUAAUUUCAUGAUUAUUUUAUGGGAUAAACAAUUUAUUCUUUCCACUGCG